AGCAGCGGUUGCAGUUGCAGUUGGCCAGUCGAACAGAAUAGUUGGUGCCUGAUAUUUCAUUCUUAAAGCUCGCAUACCUACUAAAAAGUUAUCAUAUAUUAAAGCAUUGAUUAUAUACGCACAUAGAAAAAAUUUUGCUACGGAAUUAUCAUUAUUUUUAAUAAGAAUCACCUACCUACGAACAUGUCUGCUGCGGUAUUCUGCGCGCUGCUAGCCACCGUCCUAGCCAUACUCUAUAUACAGCUGCGCCGCCACUAUAGCUAUUGGGCGCGCCGCGGUGUUCCACACGAGCCACCGAAAUUCUUCGUCGGCAAUAUGAGCGGCAUUGGUACACUUUAUCACUGGAAGGAUAUCAACGCGCGCAUUUAUAAUCGUUUCAAGGCCCAAGCGAACAUUAUUGGCGCGUAUACAUUCUUUAAGCGCGUCGUCUUCAUCAUCGAACCCGAACUCAUCAAGCGCAUCUUAAUAAAAGACUUUAACUAUUUCGCAGAUCGCGGACUCUUUCACAAUGUGCGCGAUGAUCCGCUCACCGGCAAUCUGCUGUUCUUGGAUGGCGAACAAUGGCGCGUGCUGCGUCACAAGCUAUCGCCCGCCUUCACCACUGGCAAGAUACGCUUCAUGUUCCCCACUAUGGUGGCGGUAGGUGAGCGGCUUGUCGGCGCUUGUCAGCGUCUUAUUAAUAUUGGCGGCACUGUUGAGCUGAAGGAGCUCUGUGCGCGCUACACUACCGAUGUGAUUGGUGAAGUCGCCUUUGGCAUAGAGUGCAACAGCCUGAACGACCCGUAUGCCAUAUUUAGACGCAUGGAUCGCACUAUUUUUGAAAAACCACGUCAUUCGCUACUCGUGCAAGCUUUCAUGUUUACCGAUCCAAAUAUGGCACGCAGACUGCGGCUGAAAAGCUUUCCCGAUGAUGUGAGCGACUUUUUUAUGGGUGCAGUGCGUGAAACUGUGGGGUACAGAGAGAAGAACGGCGUGCAACGCAAUGAUUUUAUGGAUAUGAUGUUGGAGAUGAAGGCGCAGCGUGAUCGUUUGGAGCACACUGAUAUCAGGGAGGACGAUUUAACGAACGGUUUGAGCAUCGAACAGGUGGCCGCACAGGCGAUGGUCUUCUACUUGGCGGGCUUUGAGACCUCAUCAACGGUAAUGUCUUUCUGCAUUUACGAAUUGGCAUUGCAACCAGUGCUGCAGGAGCGACUGCGUGAGGAAAUUUUCGGGGUUUUACAAAAAACUGAAGGAAAGGUGACCUAUGAGGCAAUCAAGGAGAUGACUUACCUUAAGAAAGUGAUACAAGAAACGCUACGUAAACAUCCCGUCAUACCGCACCUGGUGCGCUUAACCACCGCUGACUACAGCAUUCCAAACAGCAACAUUACACUGGAGCGCGACAUGCGCAUUUUCAUACCCGUCGACGCGAUUCAUCACGAUCCAGAUAUCUAUCCCGAACCAGAGAAGUUCGAUCCUGAACGCUUCUCGCCAGAGGAAAUCGAAAAGCGUCAUCCUUUCACUUAUUUACCCUUCGGUGAGGGACCCAGAAAUUGCAUUGGCAUGCGUUUUGGUGAGUUGCAGACCUCCAUCGGAGUCAUACAACUGCUGCGUAGCUUCCGAUUCAAGCCAUCAGCGCGUACACAGGUGCCCAUAGUCUAUGCGAAGAAGAAUUUUCUUAUCGCCGCAGACGGUGGCAUACAUUUGGCUGUGGAGAAGUUGGAGGAAACUAUUUGAAAAUUGAGCAAAAGAAAUUUUACUAAAUAUAUGAACAAAAAUUUUGUACUUCCAUUUGCGGUUUUUUAUUGUCUGUCGAUUAACUGAGCUACCUACAUAGAUAAAUAUGUAUGUAUAAGUACUUAUGUAAAGCGCAAGUUUAAGUACUUAGGUAUAUGAUAAUUUGUUUAACAAAUGCCUUUGUGUAUCUUAUCGACACUUGAACGC